CGGAGAUUCCCGACGGGGCAGAGCGUUCAGUAAGGAGCGGCUGAUUUCUGUUCGGCGUCUCCUCCUCCGACCAUCAACGCACUAGCGUUAGGAAAGUAAAACAGCCGGAUUCUUGGGUCUCCCAGAGAUUGAUACGCAGCGGACAUGGCGAAGCGGAAGAGAGGGAAGGCUUUGGGGUCGGUGGAAAGCGAUUCGAAGAAGGGAAGAGGAGAAAGGGGCAAGAUAGAGUCGAAAGCUGACGAUGUAAUUGCUUCACAGCAAAGAGAGGAAGCCGUUGCCAAGUGCAGCAAGAGUAAUCCCCAUUUGAGGGAUGUCAAGUCACGGGCUGUAUUUGUUCUCGAGAAUGCUUCUCUGACCAAGGGCUUCGUCCACAAGAAAAAGAAGAUACUGCGGUGUAACGAGGAUGGGAACUCUCUGCUCAGGCAAGGGAAGAACCCCAAUGAUUAUCAGCCUGACAUUGUCUUUGAGGCUCUGCGGGCAAUUCUGGACAGUAAACUUAAUAAGGCUGGUAUGGUUGGAGCUAUUUAUGUCAAAACUGAUGCUGGACUACUCCUUGAAGUCAAACCUCAUGUAAGAAUACCAAGAACUUGCAAGAGAUUUUGCGGCGUAGUGGUGGAUGUACUGGAGAAGUCUUGUAUACGGUCCAAGGAUACUGGGGAUGUUCUCAUUCGUAUGGUUGAAGGACCUGUGACACGAUAUCUACCGGAAAAUGCCCGUAUAACUGGCCUCUCUUACAGCUCACAGAAGUCUGUUCAGAUAAAGGACUAUGUCUCUGGCAUUAGUGACGAUUUCAACCCUGUGUUUGUGGUGGGUGCAAUGGUGAAUGGUAAAGUCAGUGAGGAGUACACCAAUGACUACGUUUCAAUAUCAGACUACCCGUUGAGUGCCAAGUAUUGUCUAGGCAUGAUAUGCCAUGCACUGGAGCAGAAGUGGAGCAUCUUCUGAACCCUCUUUGAACUCAUGAUUACUGGUCUAUGCACUCGGAGGGUUCAUCGUUCUGAAGUGGGUAUGGGCUAGGUGGAAUGAAAGGAAGGAAAGAGCAAAUAAGGGCUCAUCAACGGAGGAGAAUCGAUCUCCAGAAUACCAUUCACCUGCUGAAGGCGAGGACUGAUGGAAGAGCUGAGGGAGGAGGUUUGGUGUAUAGCAUUAGCAUACAUAUAAGAAAAUCCCCUUCUCUUUUCUGUAGCUCUCCCGGUUGUAUUUAUGGGAACAGGAAAGUUCUUACUUCUAAAUGACAUCUCCCCCCUGCUUAGAUUAAGUUAUGAUCACAAAAGGCCACAUACUCUCUUUGGAAAAUGAAAAGACACAGGUUCAGGUUUUUCUGUACAACUUGGCUCGCUCUUGGUCCUUCCUAGUUAUAGCAUUAGCAAGCUAUCUGAACUCAGAAGUUUCCUAUGAGUGAGUGUACUUGAGCUAGAACCUGCAUUAGCUGACCUGAGCUGCUUCAAAAACUUCAAUAAGUUUCUCCGAG